AAGGGGGUAGGAGCAGCAAGAGGCCAUGGCUGAACAAUGACUGACGUGGAAAGUCCAAGGAGAGAGUAACAAACUUCGGGGGAAGAAAAUAGUCUUGAGGGCCAAAUCUCCAUCGCCUCUCUAAGCUGGGUUCAUCAGCACGAUGAGUCUGGACAAAGCAGACUUGUGUGAUUCACUGUUAACCUGGAUACAGACAUUUCAGGUGCCGUCAUGCAACAGCAAGCAGGACCUGACAAGUGGAGUGGCCAUUGGACACGUGCUGCACAGAAUAGACCCCUCUUGGUUUAAUGAGACGUGGCUAGGCAGGAUCAAGGAGGAGAGCGGGGCCAACUGGCGCCUCAAGGUCAGCAACUUAAAAAAGAUUCUUAAGAGCAUGCUGGAAUAUUAUCAUGAUGUGCUCGGUCACCAGGUAUCGGAUCAGCACAUGCCAGACGUGAAUCUUAUAGGAGAGUUGGGAGAUGUCACUGAACUGGGCAAGCUGGUGCAGCUCGUAUUGGGCUGUGCUGUCAGUUGUGAGAAGAAACAAGAGCAAAUCCAGCAGAUAAUGACACUUGAGGAAUCUGUCCAGCAUGUUGUGAUGACAGCCAUUCAGGAGCUCUUAUCAAAGGAGCCUUCAUCGGAACCAGGAAGCCCAGAGACCUAUGGAGACUUCGACUACCAGUCCAGGAAGUAUUAUUUUCUAAGUGAAGAGGCAGACGAGAAGUUGGACCUGAGCCAGCGCUGUCAAGACCUGGAACAUCAGUUGUCGGCGGCUCUGGAGGAGAAAUCGUCCCUACAGGCAGAGACACGCUCUCUGAAGGAGAAGCUGAGCAGCUGCGACUCUGUGGACGCCUCCACCACUGCCAUCACUGGCAAGAAGCUGCUGCUGCUGCAGAGUCAGAUGGAGCAGCUUCAGGAGGAGAACUACAGACUGGAGAACAGCAGAGAUGACAUGCGUGUGCGGGGAGAGCUACUGGAGCGUGAAGUGAUCGACCUGCAGCUACGGAACGAGGAGCUGACCAGCCUGGCGCAGGAGGCCCAGGCCCUCAAAGACGAGAUGGACAUUCUCAGGCACUCGUCUGACCGGGUGAACCAGCUCGAAUCGCUUGUGGAGACUUACAAGAGGAAGCUGGAGGAUCUGGGGGACCUGCGGAGACAGGUGCGCCUCCUGGAGGAGCGCAACACGGUAUACAUGCAACGCACCUGCGAGCUGGAGGAGGAGCUGCGCAGGGCCAACGCUGUCCGCGGUCAGCUGGACAACUACAAGAGACAGGCUCACGAGCUUCACACCAAGCACUCUGCAGAGGCCAUGAAAGCUGAGAAAUGGCAGUUUGAGUACAAGAACCUUCACGACAAGUAUGACGCUCUGCUGAAAGAGAAAGAACGUCUGAUCUCUGAAAGAGACACACUUCGGGAGACAAACGACGAACUCAGGUGUGCACAAGUCCAACAGAGAUGUCUCAGUGAAUCUGGAGUCUUGUGUGACAGUGGUGUCACAGUUGGAAACCUUGCUGCAGAGAUCAUGCCUACCGAGCUCAAGGAGACGGUGGUGCGUCUGCAGAGCGAAAACAAGAUGCUGUGUGUCCAGGAGGAGACCUACAGGCAGAAACUAGUGGAGGUGCAGGCUGAGCUGGAGGAGGCUCAGCGCAGCAAGAACGUCCUGGAAACUCAGAACAGGUUAAACCAGCAGCAGAUCUUAGAGCUGCGUUCUCAGAUCGAGCAGCUCCAGAAGGCGCUCCAUGAGCAGGACAGCAACACGGAGGACUCCUCCUUACUGCAGAAAAAGCUUGAGGAGCAUUUGGAGAAGCUCCAUGAAGCUCACUCGGAUCUCCAAAAGAAAAGAGAGGUCAUCGAUGACUUAGAGCCCAAAAUGGACAGCAACAUGGCAAAGAAGAUAGACGAACUCCAGGAGAGCCUGCGGAAGAAGGAUGAGGACAUGAAGCAGAUGGAGGAGCGGUACAAGCGUUAUGUGGAGAAGGCGAGAACGGUAAUCAAAACCCUGGAUCCAAAGCAGCAGCCGGUGCCUGCGACUCCUGACGUUCAGGCACUGAAGAACCAGCUGACAGAGAAGGAAAAAAAAAUCAAGCACCUGGAGCAUGACUAUGAGAAGAGCAGAGCCAGGCAUGACCAGGAGGAGAAACUCAUCAUUACUGCAUGGUACAACAUGGGGAUGGCGUGGCAUCAGAAAGUGUCUGGCGAGCGGCUUGGUCCCUCUAACCAGGCCAUGUCCUUCCUCGCCCAGCAGAGACAGUCCACCAACGCCAGGAGAGGCCUGACAAGACACCAUCCGAGAUAAUGACGUCCAGGCAGGAGAACACACAUGCUGAAAGGAAGCACAGAGAGAAUGAGGUGAUCUACGGUAGACUUCUCCUGAACUCCCUGUAUCUUUAGCCUUAUUGCCUUUUUUAAACUGGAUCGCUGCACCUCAGCGAGUAUUCUUCAUGCUGCUGCUGCCCCCUGCUGGCUCUUAAUGGUACGAGAAUGAUUAUUUUCUCUUGGGAGCCCUGGAGGAGAGAGAUACUCUGAUGUUGUGUAGAUUCAGAGUUAACUCACAAAAACUGAAAUAAAUGGAGUAGAGCGAGUUGUAGGUGCUAAAAAGAGGCUAUCUCACCUUUUUAAGGUGACUUUUAAUUUCCUCUUUAGCCUUGUGGACUGUUUCUUUAAGGUCUGUUUUAACUCUAUUUUUUUGUGGUUAUACAAUAAUAUGGAAUGUGGACUAGAUUUGUCUAGAUUACUGUUCAAAUGGGGUAGGGGAGAGAGUUAGGGGUUUUACAAUUAGUACUUUAAGUGCUAAAGAAUACAUAAAGAUAUAUAUAUAUAGAAUGAAAGCAGAUUAUUACAUUCAGCCGUUAGUACAUCUCCUUGGUUUUGUUCAUUUGUUUUCGAAUUUCUUAUAGCUUUGUUGUCUUGACCAUGUGUUUUGAAGUGAGUUUUACUUUUUUGUUUUAAUUUGACGGACCUCGAAAAGAUGUAAAGCCCAUGAGUGUGUGUGUGUGUGUGUGUGUGUGUGAAUGGCUUUAGUCUUUGUGUCUCUUUUGUAUCCACUUGAAUACAUUUCUCCAAUGUGAUAUAUUCAUAAUUAGAAUUGGAUACACCAAAGCACUUUUCAAGAUAAGUGGGUUUGUUUAGUUCCUCGCAGAAAACUAAAGACACUCCCUCUAUGGAUGAGACUGAAGUUUGAGAUUUGUUGUUCCCCCUUCUCCCCUUCUCAUUUGGUCCAAAUAUAUUUUACUUAAUCAACACGUCACACAGCAGGCUCAUUGUCAUAUGGCUGGUUAUUCUGUGACUCCUGCAUAUGAUUUAACAUUGUUCUCUAAAUAUGAAUUGGAUUAUUACUUUUUUUAAUUAUUCCCUAUCUUUUUCCCAAAUUUUAAAACAGGGUAUUGGUUUUGGGUAAGACCUAAUUGCACUCACCACUUUAGACUCCGAAAUGAUGUGAAUAUAGGUAAUUGAAGGCCUCCUACUUCAUCACAAAGACUGGAAUACACGAUGUGUUUGUGUCCAUAACUAAUGCUAAUUAUAAUGACUAAGCUGAUGUCAGUUUACCACUGCUAGACCUCAUUUACAGUUUGACUGGAGUUGAACGACAGGAAAUGUUUUGUCAAUAUGCUGGAACUCUUUUAUUUUCUGUUGACAGGAUGUCUGAGGUUGUGGGUGUAAUAGACACAUGUGUCAACACUACGUCUGACUUUGUUCACUACUGGUUAAUAUUCCUUUCAACAGAUGUAGUCAUUUGAUUCCGUCCCAUAUCAGAGCUACUGUUUUGUGACUUGUACUUUGUCCCCGUGAAAGUUUGUGCUAUGGACUACUCAGACCAGAGUCCUGCUGUUAUGUUCAAACAUUUUCUACUGAUGUUUCAUUGUUAGAGGUGAUAUUUAUGGUGUUACGUCACUAUCUUUACUGCACAUUUGCAUGGCUUGAAGGGGUUAACUUUUAGACAGUGUUUGUUUGUAUGAUAUAAUGGUCUAGUAGAUCAUAGCAUGGUGUAAUUCUCACAGGGAUCUGAGGCAAGUUAAAGAUCUGUAGUACUGUCUGUUCUACUUUUGCACUACAAAUA